AGCUGGCCAGGUUGUACCCCAAUACAGAGCUAGAACUUGAGAUGUCACCUGAAUCAGCUCCAUUCUUGAUGUUCACCCCUGGAAAUGUUACCUGCGUGCCAGUGAUGAACAUCCAGGCAUUCGCCCUCCUGCCCAACUCUUCUAACCGCAAGCCACUCUUCCAACUCAGGGCGAGAACUGACAUCUCCGCCACCAUCAGUGUGAGCUCCGGCAGGGUCCUUGGCUCAUUAACCCCAGGAAGUAAGCUGAAACUGGAACUGAAACACUCCAACAUCGGUUUCUUCGAUGUGCAGUUGCUGGAAUCCAUCUUCAAUUACUACGCGUCCUACAUUAUAUAUCCCUCUCUCAACGGUAAGAAUAGCUGCUACUGACUGCCACGUGUGACGGCUGAAUUCUACCCUUUCUGUAGCAUUUAUGGUUCAUUCAUUUAAC